CUUAGCAACAAGCAGUGUUCUCUUCAUCAGCACAAUUCUCAACUAGUUCUGUUCCCUCUGCAGCAUUUUGCUUGCUUUUCCACAGCCACAACUAACAGAACCCUUGAACGCCCUCGGCCAUCCGCGCAUCCCACGCCCAUCUCAAACGCUUCUCCUGCCAAAACCGCUCAGGUAACUUCUCCGCAUAUCGGCUUCAUUUCUCGCUACUGUAACUACGACACUCGCUCAAUUCGACCCCAACACAUCACAAUGGCCGCCCCAGUAAACUGUCAACACACCUUCAAGGUCGUCAAGUCUGACACAACCGUCGUCGUCUGGAACUGCAACAUGUGCCAUUCAGGGCCUCACUCUCUCAUCUAUGAGUGCGCCAACUGCAAGCUAAAGACUUGCCGGCCAUGUGCAUCGAAAGCAUAGGUAAGCCGCAUAUCUCUCUCCUUUCCA